GACCGCCCCCACCUCUUUGUCAUUGGCUGGCACAGUAGGCCUGCACAAUACGUCACCAGACGGUGAGACGUCAUUCACCCGCGCCCGCUUCUUGAGGUGUCGUCAUUUCCGUGCGCCAACAGUAACAUCAUGGGCAGCGAUUUCUAUCUCCGGUACUACGUGGGGCACAAAGGCAAAUUCGGUCACGAGUUUUUGGAAUUUGAGUUCCGGCCUGACGGUAAACUCCGUUAUGCCAAUAACAGCAACUACAAAAAUGAUGUAAUGAUCAGGAAGGAGGCAUACGUCCACAAGAGUGUGAUGGAAGAGUUAAAACGGAUCAUAGACGACAGUGAAAUCACAAAAGAAGAUGAUGCCCUCUGGCCCCCGCCUGAUAGAGUUGGUCGGCAGGAGCUGGAGAUUGUGAUUGGUGAUGAGCACAUAUCCUUUACUACAUCAAAAAUCGGUUCUCUUAUAGAUGUGAAUCAGUCUAAAGACCCAGAGGGACUAAGAGUUUUCUAUUACCUUGUUCAGGACUUGAAGUGUCUGGUGUUCAGUUUGAUUGGACUUCACUUCAAGAUUAAACCCAUCUAAGCCUUUGGGGAGGCGCAGUGCAUUUUAUUUAGUUUCGAAGCAGAUUUUUAUGUAUGGUAUAUCUUGUGUUUUUACAGUUCAGACCCACUUUAAUAAAAUGGUGAAUUUCUUUGAUGUAAA